AUGAAACAUAUCUCAGUUAGAUUUGUUAGACAUAGUUUGAGAAAUAAUCAAAAACAUGAAAUUUGUUCAUUAAAACAACAAAAUCCAACAUUGUCAAAUCCAGCAUUAGCAAAGAAAUUUAAUAUUAGUGCAAGUACCAUUUUCAAAAUUCUUAAAAAUAGUGAUUACUGGAUCAAUAUUGAUCUUAAUAGUCAUGAAGCUCAAAUGAAAAGAAUAAGACCUUCAAAAUUUUCUUUAUUGGAAAAAGCAUUAGUAAUAUGGGUAAAUAAUGCACUUAAAGCUAAUUCAACUAUAACUGGAUUUAUUCUAACUUAUCAAGCAAGAGAAUUUGCUAAACUUCUCAAUAUUACUGACUUUAAAGCAUCUGAAGAAGCAAUUUCUGGAAAGAAGAGAAAUAAGCAACAGGUUACAGUUCUUUUAUGUUCAAAUAUUCCAGCUGCUGUUCAUUGUAGUGAGGAAAGUUUAAAAUCAGAAGAUUUAUCAAAUAUUGCAUUGCAUCCAUUACCUGCUAAUACUACAACACAUUUACAACCAAUGGAUGCAGGCAUAAUUCAUUCAUUUAAAUCACAGUAUCAAAAAUUUCUUGUGAAAUUUAAAAUAGAUCAAUUUAAUUUAACAUAUAAUACUAAUGAAAUGCCAGAAGAAAAUAUUGUAUCAUCUUCACAAUUUUUAGAAAUUGAUAUUCCUGAAACACCAUCUUUUAGUAGUACAAUUUUUGAUAGUACAAUUACUGGAGAAUUGGUCCAUUUACAAGAGUCUAAUAUUCAAGAAAUUCAGAAUUUGGUUAAUCAAUUACCUUAUGAUCAUGAAGAUAUUAUUAACUCAAAUGAUUAUAUUGAAAUUGAUGAUUCACUUCAAAUUCAAAAUAUGGAUGUGACAAAUGAAGAUAUUAUAGACUUAAUUCAACAUAAACCACUACCAGUUAAAAAGAUUAAACCAAAAUUAGCUAUGCAGGCUCUUGUCAACUAG